CGCGCUGGUUGUCGCUCCUGGACGCUCCCUGUGAGACUCGGGUUGUGUUUUCAAGGAGAGAGAGAGAGACAAGAUUUAUUUUUCCUACUGGAGAGUCGCUGUUUACCGUUCGUUCUCUUGAAUUCACGCUCGCGGGAAGACGACGGCGAUGUGGGUGAACGCCAAAGGGAUAGUGUUGGUGGCGGUCGUGGCGGCGCUGUGCCAGGCUCGGGAGGCCUCUCCUCGCCGCGUCUCCGAAGGCAUCGAGAGGAGGAUCGGGUCUUCCUCCUCCUCCUCCUCCUCCUCGGAAUCGACCGCUCCUGAGAUCACCCUCGACUCGGCGUCCAUGUUCGGUGUUUCCAACUUGGCCAAGCUUAUUUCCAGCGCCCUCAAGGACAAGGAAGCGGCCAACGACAAAGACAACGGAAGCUCUGGAGAGGUUCGUCCACGAAACGACCUCCUCCUUCUUUCUAGUUCGUUCCCACCGCUUCUUCGACCUCCUCCUCCCCUCGACCUCCUCCUCCACCUCGACGACCGAGAGGGACUCCACACCCAUCCUAGCAGACUCACCCUCGGCCGAGGAGGACAGGCGCGUGACGGAGAAGGGCGAGGAGACGACGGACCCAGACAAGAGCCUGCAGGAGCUCCUGAUGGCUCUCGCAAGCAACCAAAAGAAGGCAGAGGGAGACGGAGAAGGAGAGGAAGAGGACGACAAGAACAAGACGACGGGCGUGAAAUUCGUUCCGGCAACAGCUGGCCAGUUCGGCGAAUUGGGCACAGGGUCCAAGCUGAUGGAGUACCUGCCUGACCUCUCCCAGUACAGCAUCGAGACCGGCAACUACGGGGCCCUCGCUGGUGCCGGCGCUGUGGCCCUCAUGGCACUUGGGGCCGUCUUCGCUGUUCCUGCGGCG